AUGGCCGGCUCGGGGGGUCCGCCCCCGCCACGGGCUUUCCUUCCGUCAUUUUCUUCGCUAGCCGCUUCGCUUUCCGCGUCCACAUCGGCGAGUGCAGGCGCUCCACCACUCCCAAUUUUCCUCCCCUCAACUUCUCCAUUGCAAACCCCGCCCACUCCAACCAGUACCACGAGUUUCCCUGAAUUUAGGGGUGAGCGCUGUGUCGGCUGUGGAUCAGAGAGCGCGAUCCGUGUCCACUACGGAGCCCCAUCGUGCCAUGGAUGCAAGGCUUUUUUUAGACGAAGCGUUUUUGAGGGUCGUCACUACGCAUGCUCGGCCGAGAAUCACUGUGAAAUCACGAAUGAAUCCCGAAAUCGUUGCCGGGCAUGCCGCUUCCGGAAUUGUCUCGAUGGUGGAAUGAACCCGAAACACGUGCGAGAAGAAAGAAGCAAAAGUGAUCGAUUGCAUCAAGAAAGACAAACAAAUGAGCAACAAACGAUUGCACAACAACAACAACAGCAACAACAUCGGACACCCACGUCGACUCCUGUCGAAGAGCAACAAAUCACAAUCUUUUUGAUAGCUUUGGAGCGACAAUGUGAGCAAUUGACAGACGAGGACGCUACGACGGAACAAUCACAACUUCACGAGAUCGCUCGUCAAGUCACCGACAAUCUCAGUUUGCAGAAUAUCGCGAGAGUUAGACGGCGUCCGAUGGUGUGGACCUGUGAGAGAAUAAUGAGCGACGAGGAUAUCUCGAGUACCUGGUACAGAGCCUUUGUCCUCCUUGCCGAUUGGGCAAUGAGCAUCCCAGAGUUCCGAAUUUUACCUCAAAGUGAUCAGACAAUUCUCUUCCGACAAAACUUCAUGACGUUCGGCUGGCUGCACUACACCUACAAAUGCUAUGCGAAUGGUCAUUCACCGAUUGGAAUGCCGAUCGGUAACGGUUCCUUCAUUCCAUAUCGAGACAGCGAUCUGGCAAAAAUGGAUCCCAAAUGGAUCUCGACGUAUGGUUUGUUGGGUCGGAAAGCGAUCGACACCGUCGUUAAACCAAUGGCUGAACUUGAAAUCGAUGAGGAAGAGUAUUGCCUUCUUAAAACGAUCGCUCUAUUUCAACCAGAUAACACCCUUUCCGAAACGGGAGCUUGUAUUGCGGCUCGACAACGCGACAAACUAUUAGAAGCUUUCGCCACUCAUUCAAUUGAACGACGAUUCCCCCAUCUUUCAACUACCCAAAAAGCUGCUCGUGCUUUAAAAGCAACUCUCCUAUUCCCAGCUUUAAUUUCGAUUUCCCAAUUCGAAGCCAGCUUCAUGCAAAACCUGAGCGCAAUCGAAGUAUCUUCUCUUUGCGGGAUUUCUGGAGAUGUUCUACGAUCAUUGGAUCCAAGA